CUAAUGGCGGCGCUAACGCGCAGACAACAAAAGCCUGCCUCCUUUUUGGACGUCGUCGAGCUUUGACGGCAAUGAACGUUUCUUUUUUUGCAGACAUCAAGAUACUAGUGGAUCUAUCCACAUGUUAAAGAGACGGUUUGUGAUUGGCUUUUGAAGCCCACGCAUCCUCCAGACAAGAGCUUCGGUUGACGACGUCAUCAUUUGGAAUGAAGGUCAGACUGGAGUGACUUAUUUGGAAUGAAGGAUCAGACUGGAGUAACUCUUGAUCCCGUUUUUUCGUUUUUUUAAGAAUGACUUCCAGUUUGCUAUCGUGAUGCCUUUUAGAUGCUAGACGAUGGACUUCCCGGGUCACUUCCAGCACAUUUUCCAGCAGCUGAACCUCCAGCGGCUCCACGCUCAGCUGUGCGACUGCGUGGUGGAGGUGGGCGGCCACAAGUUCCACGCUCACCGCGCCAUCCUAGCAGCCGGCAGCUCCCACUUCAAGGCUCUUCUCGGCUCAGGCGAGGAUGGCGGCGGUGGAGGUCCUGGUGUGAUGGUGCUCGACCCGGAGGUGGUGACCCCUGAGGCCUUCUCCACGCUGCUCAACAUGAUCUACACGUCCACCUUGUCGCUCGGGGCCUCCAACGUGAUGGACGUGCUGUUGGCCGCCUCGCACCUGCACCUUAACACCGUGGUAAAGGCUUGCAAGCUGCACCUGUCCAGAAAAAACUUCCCGACCUCGGCGCCCAAAGGCUGGAGGUCGGUUCCGCGGCAGCAAUCCGUGGAAGUCCUUGACGAGGGCGGCGGCGUGGUGAGCCAGUCUGGUGACGAGUCCUCAAAGCACAAGAGAAAGCCUCACGAGGAGAGGUUAGGUGACAGGAAGAGGACCUGCGGAAUGCCUGGAGAUAAGGACGAGGUUAUUAACGAGGAAUUGAAAAUCUGGGAGGGACGACCAGAUGAGGUGGAGGAGAAAUACGCCGCGACCAUGUCAUUAGAUAUGGAGGAGAUCCAGCUGCCGAGUCAGUCGGACAGCACAAGUGGAGUGAAGGUGAAACUGGCAGAGGAAGGCGAAGGAGAGCCCAAGAUGGAGACCGUAGAGGUAAAGAAAGAGACUAUGACCACGUCCUCUUCUGAUCGCUCUCUUGCAGAAGAUUGUGGUGAUUUACAGCAGCAAAUAAGCAGUCUGGCAGGUGGCGACGUCAGCUGUUUACAAACACACCUGUGCUCAGAUCUGGCUGAAAGGGACGCUGGGUUUGAAGACGAGGGCAUGGACAGCCUGUCUGAGUUGGCCCUGUCCUGCUUCCUAAACCCUGGUCAUGAGAGCGAGACAGCAGCUAUGGCGGAAGAAGAGAGUUUUGCGAGUCUCACAGCAGCCGCCGCCGCCGCCGCCAGUGAUGCUGCGGACCAACUGAGUCCCAACACCUCGGCUCAAGCCUCGGACGCGACUGUGCUUUUAACGUCCGUCCCUUUGGAACAGAUACUCCCGACACAGAGUCCGGGUUUUAGCGACACGCUCAUCCUGCGGCCCGCGCACAACUCCUUAACAGGGUUCCUCAGUCUGGAGGCCCCUAAAGGACGCGUGGCCUCGAGCGGAACGACUUUCCGCCGCAUCGCCCCCAAAGUGGUGCCCGAGUCAGAAGCGGAUCCACCCGCAGCCUUUCCCUCCUCCAGCCCCGCAGCAGAUGACAGAGCACCUCUGACCAGAGCGUCGGAGGACGUGCUCUCCAAGUGCAAAAAGGCGGCGGCCGAAGACAACGUGCUCCUGGUGGAGGGCGAGAAGAAGUACGCCUGCAAGAUCUGCUCAAAGACAUUCAUGAACCUGAUGGAUUGUAAGAAACAUAUUCGUGUCCACACGGGAGAAAAGCCUUAUCCUUGUCCAAAAUGUGGGAAACGCUUCAGCCAGUCGUCUCAUUUGUACAAACACUCCAAGAAUUCCUCCUGCGUCAACUGGAAGGACGAGCAUUCUUUCCCAGACGCUCCACACUAACAGCUUUCAUGUUACUCUAUGUGGAUAACCACAAAAUGUGUUGUCAUUCAUACAAUAGCUCACAAAACAAGCACUCCUCGGCAAAUGGGACCCAUUACCUCCCUGCUUGGCACUCAGCAUCAAGGGUUGGAAUUGGGGGUUAAAUCACCAAAAAUGAUUCCCGGGCGCAGCCACCGCUGCUGCCCACUGCUCCCCUCACCUCCCAGGGGGUGAUCAAGGGUGAUGGGUCAAAUGCAGAGAAUAAUUUCGCCACACCUAGUGUGUGUGUGUGUGACAAUCAUUGGUACUUUAACUUUAACUUAAUUGGCGCAAACAUUUGUAUUACUUGCAGCGUCCCAAAGGACAAUACUGUAAGAUUGAACUUGGAUACACCUUAGAGCAGGCCAGGGCAAUUAUUUUGACUCGGGGGCCAAAUUUAUAGAAAAAAAUGUGUCUGGGGGCCGGUGUAUAUGUAUAUAUAUAUAU